UAACAGAGAGACAGCGCAGUUUCACUUGUUUUCCAAAAUCACCAGAAAAGGAUUUUCUAAUAGUUUUCUUUUCUUUUCUUUUCUGACGCAAAAGAAAAGGAAAGAAAAGAAAGCGAAGGAAAAUAAAAAAAAUCAACUACAAAAAAAAAAUAAAAAUUUCUCCUUUUUAUCUCUCGCAUCUUGAAACAAAUUUUUCAAAAAAAGAUAAAGAAAGGAGACAUCUAGGGAUCUUAUUGUACUUGUUUUGCUUAUGGAUCUUAAUCUGCAUUGUAUCAUUUUUGAAUAAUCUCAGUUUCUUCGACUCGAUCUCGAUUUCUACGUAAAGUCUGCUCCUUCACGGUCUUAGGCAUAUUAUGAUUCUUCAGCUCUGUCUGGUAAUUGAUUUGCUGAAGGAAGAAUUCUGAGUCAUCUUGCCAUGAACAUUCAGCAAGAAAUAAAAUUUGGUAGAAAGGGAGUGUAUGAUACCCUAAAUGGAAGUAAUGGAUUGGAAGUUCACGGAAAAGAAAUGCCUGAAGGCAUCCUUGAUGGUAACUUACAAUCAUUGGUCGAGUGGUUGAACCAUAUGAUUCCUCAUCUAAAUUUGCCUUUGGAAGCUUCAGAGGAAGAAUUAAGGGCAUGCCUGAUUGAUGGCACUGUUUUAUGUAGUAUUUUGAACAAGCUGAGUCCUGGUUUAAUUGAAAUGAGAGGCAACAUUGAGCCUGGACCUGAGAAAAUAAAAAUGUUUCUGGCAGCAAUGGAUGAAAUGGGAUUGCCUAGGUUUGUAAUUGCUGACAUACAGCAGGGCUAUAUGUUACCGGUUUUGCAGUGCCUUGGCACACUCAAAGCACAUUUUGAUCAUAAUGGUGGGAAAGAGAGUACACGCAGUCAUUCAAGAAGGUUGUGGAAUCUAUUGUUGGCAAAUACUAAAGGGGUGCAUCAACAUGCGAAUGCAUUGACACAUGGAGAAGAGAAACAUCAGUGGGAAGUAGAGUCUUCAGAAGGAAUUGAUCGUUCCCAGGGGCAAGCAUCGACACGUGGAGAAAAUUCUGCCAUAUAUAGAGAAGGGAGGCAAAGAAAUUCUGUUGAUGACAAAUACCAACGUGGUGUACAUCGCCCUGUUAUCUCAGAGCCGUCUGCUUUGCUGCAUGAUUCUGGACACAAGUUUUCUGAUGAGUUGCCACUAAAGCAAGGGCUUUAUGGUGAUCUUUCGGAUUCUAAUAUUUUGGAAUUGAUGAAAUCAAAUGGUUUGGAUAGUGCCUCAACUCGAACAUUGUUCAGUCUAGCAAAUAGGAUAUUGGAUGAUAGCACUGAAAGGAAGAAUGGCCAGCUUCAGCAUAUGACACGGAUAUUGAAGAAAAUAGUGCAAGUUAUUGAACAACGAUUUUCAACUCAAGCAAACAACUUGAAAGAUCAAAACAAUCUUUACAAUGUUCGCACAGAGAAGUACCAAUCUAGAAUAAGAGUACUCGAAACCCUUGCAUCUGGGACCACUGAUGAAAUUGAGGUACUAUUGUCACAUCUACAACAGAUAAAGAUUGAGAAAAUCAAAAUAGAGCAGAAGGAAAAACUUGAAGAGCAGGAUCUUCGCAGGUUAAAAGAAGAGAAAAAUCAUAGUGAUAUCGAGAAAUUAACGCUGAAACAGGAACUAGAAUUAGCCAAGAAGACACAUGAAGAGCAUUAUUUACUGUUAGAAGACCAUGCUAAGGAAACAAAGGUUGAAUUGGAGAAGAAACUUAAGGAACUUGAGAGCCUUCUAGCAGAGUCAAGGAACAAGGUGGAAGAACUUGAGUCAUUUUCUGAAUCCAAGUCUAAAAGGUGGAGAAAGAAAGAGGGCAAGUACCGAAGCUUUAUGGAUCAUCAAUUUAAAGCUUUAGAGGAAUUAAGGGCUUCGUCUGAAUCUAUAAAGCAUGAAGUCUUGAAGACAAAAAGGAGUUACUUUGAGGAGUUCCAAUGCUUGGGAUAUAAGCUGAAAGGACUAGCUGAAGCUGCGGAGAAUUAUCAUUCUGUGCUUGCAGAAAAUCGAAGACUAUAUAAUGAAGUUCAAGAUUUGAAAGGAAAUAUUAGAGUGUAUUGUCGGGUACGGCCUUUCCUUCCAGGACAAUGCAAGAAGCAAACAACCAUAGAAUACAUUGGUGAAAAUGGUGAAUUGGUUGUUUCAAAUCCCUGUAAACAAGGAAAAGACAGCCAUAGACUCUUCAAAUUUAACAAGGUUUUUGGUCCAGCAACUAGUCAAGAGGAGGUGUUUUUGGACACACGACCAUUAAUUCGAUCUGUUCUUGAUGGAUAUAACGUCUGUAUUUUUGCUUAUGGACAAACUGGCUCAGGGAAGACUUAUACCAUGAGUGGACCCAAUUUAUUAUCAGAAGAAGAUUGGGGGGUCAACUAUCGUGCCUUGCAUGAUCUUUUCCAAAUCUCUCAGACGAGGAGAAGCUCAAUGAGAUAUGAAGUUGGUGUACAAAUGGUUGAAAUAUACAAUGAACAAGUUCGUGAUCUACUCUCAAGUGAUGGCCCUCACAGAAGACUUGGGAUUUGGAGUACAACCCAACCAAAUGGCUUAGCUGUCCCUGAUGCUAGCAUGCGUUCUGUUAAAUCAACUUCUGAUGUUUUGGAGUUGAUGAACAUUGGGUUGAUGAACCGAGCUAUUGGUUCUACAGCUCUCAAUGAAAGAAGCAGUAGAUCCCACAGUGUUCUCACUGUCCAUGUCCGUGGCAUGGAUUUGAAGACUAGUACUGUUUUGCGUGGCAAUCUACACUUAAUAGAUCUUGCUGGCAGUGAAAGGGUGGAGCGAUCUGAGGCAACUGGAGACAGGCUUAAAGAGGCACAACAUAUAAAUAAAUCACUUUCCGCCCUUGGAGAUGUGAUAUUUGCCUUGGCUCAAAAGAGCGCGCAUGUGCCAUACAGAAAUAGCAAACUCACUCAAGUGCUGCAAAGUUCUUUAGGUGGUCAAGCAAAGACACUCAUGUUUGUCCAGCUCAAUCCAGAUGUGGAUUCCUAUUCUGAAACUAUUAGUACCUUGAAGUUUGCAGAAAGGGUUUCCGGUGUUGAGUUAGGCGCUGCAAGGAGCAACAAAGAGGGAAGGGAUAUUAGAGAACUUAUGCAACAGGUGACAUCCCUGAAGGACACCAUCACAAAGAAAGAUGAAGAGAUUGAGCGGUUGCAGCUGCUUAAGCCUAAUAUCGAUGGCAUGAAGCAUGGUAUGAACCUACAUAGGAGUGCUUCUUCCUCUCCAAGAAGACAUUCAACUGAGAGUCCAAGUCAUAGCCCUAAGGCAACUGGAGGGAAAGGGUCAGGAAUUGAGAAAGGGGCUUCAGACGCUGAUAAUAGUUCAGAGUACAGUGAGAAACGUUCUGAAACUGGUUCUCUGCAGUCAGUGGAUGACUGCAGACGUCAAAAGGGAUUUUUGCAACAGUCAAAAUCAAUGGAUGACUUACGACUUCAAAAGGAUCUUCUUCCUCAGUCAAAGCCCAGAAAAGAUGCUGGUCAGAAUUCUAAAGAAGAUAUUGAUCUUUUGGGGUUUGGAGAUGGAGAUUCUGAUGAAAGAUUAAGUGAUAUAUCUGACGGUGGUCUUUCAAUGGGCACUGAAACAGAUUCUGUAGAAUUUACUCUUUUCCCUGAACCUGCAAAAUCAUUCGACUCCGCAAGACCAUUUGAAGCUCCCGAACCAGCAAAAUCACCUGAAAUUGCAAGACCAGUUCAAGUGGCAAAGCCAACUGAGAGAGCAGAGAACACAGAAAAACAACAAUUUACAUCUAAGCUGCCGAGGCCCCCACAAAAAUUGGCACAGACAAGAUUGUCACGCAUGUCAUUGACUAAGAGCGCCACUCCAAAGGCUUCAUCAGCUCCUAGGAAAAUAGCACUUGGUAGCUCCUCCGCAACAAGGCCUCCAAAGCGUUGGCAGUAAAUCUAGAGGAUUAACGAUGGUAAAAGAAUUGACAGUUACUGUAGCUUGUAAAUUCUAACUUUUAACAUAUUGCUUCUCUCUAGUUUAAUUCUUGCUUCCAUUUAUCCCAUUCCACAGAAAUGUUUUUACUUGGAAAGGGAUGACUGGAAACUUCUUAUGGUGUAAAAUGUAUAUACUCACGGAUCAUAGUGUUAAGCUCGUCGCGUUUCCCCACAUUUAAUUAAUCUUAUUUAUGUUGAAUUGCAGUCA